CACCGCCGCCACAGCAGCAGCAGCAGCACCAGUUGGAGUUGGAUGGAAUGGAACUCGAACGGGUUAGGACACAGCACACCGGCGGCCUAACCAGUCGAGGCGAGUGAGCCAUUCAGCGUGGAGUUCGGUUUCGCGAGUUCGCUUGUUGGGUUGGGACUGCAUUCUUUUUUCCCGUUGCUUGCAGGUCGUCCGUCCGGCCAUCCGUCAGUUACUAUGUGCAACUUGAUGUGUGCGUACGUUCGCAAGUUUGCUCUGCUCGGGUUCUGCAUUGUGGCGUUCAGUGCGUUUUGGUGGUGCUUCUGUUGUUGCAUCUACGCCGCGAUCUUGAACGGAGCUCGCACGGCGGACGAAAAUUGGGCUUGAAGAAGAAAUAAGAAUAAGGCGUCGUUUAAAAAAAAAGAAAUACCUUUAACAACUCAAUUUGGAUCAACGAAGAAUUAAACUGAGCCGUGUGCACAGUGCAAUGAGUGAAAGAUAACAACCGUGCAAAACUUAAAAGUUUGACCGGGAAACGAACGGGAAGUUGAAAAGUUCAAAGCGAAGAAAAAGAUCUGCUUAUGUGCACUGUGGCUGCUGCUGCACGAAGAUGUUGAUGAAGAAAUUUGCGAAUUGCUGACGGCUGUUUGCCUGUUGAGCGCACGCGGAGAGAGAUAGAAAAGGAAGACUAAGCCAAAGAGCCUCCACGACUGCCAAACUUGUUAGAAGCCACGAAGGAAUCGCCCUCCCGUGUCGUCGCAGCAGCCACUAAAAUAAGCAACAACACAUCAAUCGAUGAUUAUUGUACGGUCAUCACCAGCAGCAGUCCAUGGCGCGCGGCGGGCUCUGAUGGGGAUUCAACGGAAGAAACAAUAAAGCGAAAAGUACCACAACAUUAUUCUCCCCCCGAGCGCUGUUCCUCUGGCGGUGUGGGGCUGGAAUUUUUCCCUAUCGUGUAAUUCCGCUGCCCAUGCUUCCCACCAACAACAUUAAUUUCGAUCUGUUUCGCUGAGGAUUUGCUGUGCGUUUGAAGAGCCUUUCGAUAUGAACUUAUUUCUGCGCUAACAUAAGUUUUGUGUGUUUUACUUGAUUGAUACGGGCAGCAAAACAAAAAGUUUCGUCGAGUGUUGUUUGAUACUUCACAAGGAGUUUUUGAGUGUUUUGGAUUUAGAAACGAAAAAAGUUAACUGAAUACAGCUUCGUUCUGUAUGAUUCAUGUUUAGUUAAAUUUUUGGCAAUCGAAGGAUCGUUUUAUUGGUGAAGUGAUAAUAUGGUAUCCAGUGCAGAUUUGAGAAAACAAUGCUGAAGAGGAAAUUCUUUUCCUGAAGAAGUAAAACAUCUGUAUUCAUUGACUUCGGGAGACCACAGCUUUAUUAGCAAAAAGUUAUCCGCACCUGGAACUGCAUAAAGCCACCAAUUCUGGCCAAUUUCGGGUUUUGAGCUCCGUGUUGGAUGAACAAUGUUUACAUUGUCUAAGCUGCCAAAUGCUGAAGAUGAUCCAUCGUCCAAUGGUAGCAACGGUACUAACAACAACAAUCACAGCAGUGGUACCACAAGUAGCACUGUUUCCGGUGGCGAUCCUUCCACCUUUGAUUCUUCCGCUGAGUCAGCGGUUUCCACCGUCACUUCAUCUGGUCCUUCAGCGUGGAAUCUCGAGCUCGACCUCCAAAUGAUCGAGGAAGAUAUGCAGGUGAUCGACACAAUCGAUCAGAGCUACUGGAAUGGAAAGUUCGUGCCACCUCCACCACGGCCUCCGUUCCUGGAGGAAUCCAUUGCUCCCGAUGGUCUGACCACGUGUGAUCUGUGCAGUUGGGCGUGGCAGGAUAAAGGAACGCUAUCCCUUGAUGGAGCGAUAAAAGAAAUUUUCUCCCCUACAGAUACCAAGGAGUUCAGUUGGACGUUCACGCUGGUCGUAGUUUCGCUCACAUCGGCAGUACUCGGUGCCAUAAUAAUGAUAGUAUUUCUUAGAUGUAAAAGGAUACGGGCCAAUCAAAACGGAUUGAGGACGUUGUGUUUCGAUUCCAGCAGUACAAAAGACACAGCCGGAUUGAAUUUUGACAACCAAACAUCGAAGAAUUCGACGAAUGGGUCAUGUAGUCCACGAAGUACAAACUCGGGUCUUUGGACAUGGUUCAGCAGUCGAAAGAAUCUGACGACGCCUGACCAGCUAGUCAACUCUCACACACUGCCAGUUGAGAAUCACUACACCCACAUGGACGAUAACAAUUAUAAUCCGGUACAAAUAGACGAGGCUUCCUAUGCCGAGGUCGGCAACGAAAUGGGUCCUUCUGAGACAAACUCUUACAAGUCGAGCUCCGUGCAUCAUGGAGGAGACAACGACGUACUGAUAAUGAACUGUCCACUGCCAGCGAUCCCAACCGGGACACACAGUGGAGGUGCCAGCGGAUCAGGCAGUGCGUACUAUUCGGGACUGCUCAACAGUGCCAACAUGCCCGGUGACGAAGACGAAGACGAGAGGCCAUACGAAAUCGUCGACUUGAAGGAGAUGUCUUCGCCCCACAAAAGUCACAAUGUACAAAGCCACUUUCUGAACGAAACUAACAAUCUGCUGACAAUUGAGAAACACUCGGAAAGUCUACCGGAGGGAACAAUCUCCGCAUCCGAUUAUGUAUAAUUUCUGUGUGGUUAUUUUAAAUUGAAGAAUCUGACGCUUCAGAAGAGCUUUAAGUUCAAAGAUGUAAAAAUUGUUCAAAUUGGUUAAACUAACGAAAAAUCGUUCAAAAAUACAUUAGUCGUUCUUUUGUG